CGGUACUCCAUUUUUCGUACGGCCUCUUCAUCGUGGAAGCCUGGCACGAAAGUGUCGGGUAGGUGAGACAUUUUGGAGUGAAUGUUGUUCACCAGCAAUAGCAAACUAAACUAAAAAUAUUCGCUUACAAGGUUGUUACUAUGGAUACUUGGCCAACAAGCGAUAAUGGCAAAAUCAGAUACCAAUUAUUAACAAAAGAAUAUUUAGAAAGUGCACUUGAAUGCAUGAAAAAUUCAUUCUAUAAAUACGAGAACGUGUGCAACGCUGUCGGUUUACCGCAGAACCCCCAAGCAGUACCCGAAUUGGAGGAGCUCACACUGAGAACCGCAAAAGAUGGAAUGUCUGUUAUCGCUGUGGAUGUUACAACUGAUAAAGUUGUGGGAAUUUCAUUCAAUAAAAUACAAGUGAAAAACAACGAAGGGGAAGGCACGUAUUUCGAAAACUUCGCACGUUCCUGCAAGUACUCGUCGUCCAGAGGUGUGGUACAGUACAUGAGAGACGCCGACGCAAUUUGCGACCUUUUUGAGCUGUGCAACGUUGAUUGUUUGCUGGAACUCAUGUUCCUAGCCACCUUACCCGAGUACGGAGGCAAAGGAAUCGCCACCAAUUUGUGCCAACUGUCUUUAGACCUGGUCCAGAAAUUGAAGAAAGGGCAGAACGUCAAACGGUCUUUGGACGGGACGGAAUUACCCCUAGAACCAGUGCCUCAAAUUGUUGCCGCCUUGUUCACGUCUUUUAUUAGUCAGAAGAUUGGAAGGAAGUUGAAUUUUACUAUAGCAGUUACGGAGAGUUACGAUAACUUUUAUCAUGAGGGAGUACCGUUUUCUAAAGUUAUUGGGCCUAAGACACCUAACUUCACUCUGGAGUACAAGGAAAUUUAAAUAAUUUAAGUUAAAAGUUCAAUGAUUAACAUAAUAUACUUCUGAAAAAUAAAAUAGCUUAAGGGUC